UCUAUUCUCUCACUUCUUCUACGUUCUGAACUUCUGAUCCACAGCCAGAGAGAGAGAGAGAGAAAAAAGACGCGGAAGACGAAGACGAUAACGAUCAAAUUCUGGGCUGUGAGUCUGUGACUGUGAAUCACUCCUAACUGACUAGAAUCUCUACUGCUCAGUGCUCAUCUCCCAUCAUAUUCCUAGCUUUCUAGUUUUUGGUAAACAGUCGACGGUGGAGUAGCACACCUAGACGGAAGCUAGCAACUCAUGAACGUGGAGCCGGAUAUUCCCAUAUCGAACCGGGGAAUAGACAUCAAACCCAAUGAUCGUCUUACUGAAUUGCCGAAUGAGAUUUUCUCUUUCAUUCUCUCAUUUUUGAGCAUUAGAGACGCUGUCAAGGCAAGGGUAUUAUCUAGGCGAUGUAGACAUGUCUUCCCAUCCAUAUUGCAUCUUGAAUUUGAUUUUCAUUCGGUGCUUGGAACCAACUACGAGGGAAGGCACUCAAAUGAAGAUUCAGAUAUCUCAUCGGAGGCCCGGGCUAAGUUUGCGGCAGGAGUCGAUCAGUUUUUCGAGAUUUACAAAGGUGAAAAAAUCAACUCUCUUAGGAUCUGUUUUGCCCUUGGAAAUGAGCACGCUUGUUAUGUUGAUCGGUGGAUCGCAUUUGCAAUUAGAAGGAAUACUGAAAAGCUUGAUCUUGACUUUUCAGCCAAUCAAAUCAAUCCCUUCUAUUAUUUUCCCGGUCAGCUUCUUCCUGAAACCUUAUAUGAUUUUCCCUGUCAGUUUCUUCCUGAAGCUAAUACAUCUCAGUUAAAGCAUUUGUACCUAAACUCCUGCAAUCUAAGGCCAGCUCCUCAUCAUGUUGGCAGGCUCACCCCUCUAAAAACUCUUGAUUUAGAAAACAUGGUUCUAGAUCAAAGUAGUGCCAAGAGUAUUUUCUCUGGUUUUUUGAACCUUGAAUGGUUGAGAUUAAAGAACAUCAGCCUACCCGAGACUUUCUGCAUUGAUGCUCCAUCCCUCCAUUUGGAGACGUUGAUCUUACAUGAUUGCUAUGGAGUAAAGAAAAUAGAGGUCUCCUCCAUUGGUCUCACCACAUUUGAGUACAUUGGCAGAGUAAAAAGUUUCACUUUUCUGAAUGUUCCUCAGCUGGAAAAAGUCCAUAUCCGGUUCAUGUGUGCGUACCUGAACGGCACACGAUAUAUGUUCAAUGGACUUGCGAAUGAUCUUCCUCAACUUCAAACACUAUCACUAGUUUUGACAACAGUGGAGCUCCUUCCAGUGCCUACAAGCAUAAGAAGAUUCAACCAUCUCAAACAAUUGGAGUUGUUUGUUGUGAAAUCAUCAGACUUUAACCUUCUUUCUCUUACUUCACUUCUCAAUGCUGCUCCCCUUCUGCAGAAAUUCCAUGUGUCGUUAUAUUGGGGGAGAUUUACAGGUCCAAGAAGAGAGCAGUUGUACUCUAAACAUGUGCAUUUUCAACUGAAAGAAGUUGAAGUGCAUGGAUUUCUUGGGAGCUCGGAUGAGAUGGAGCUUGCUAUUUAUUUGCUUAAUAAUGCUGUCUCACUUGAACGAAUGAUUCUGAGCCCGCAAAGGAGAUUGUACCACGGAGGUGGAAAGUGGACGAGCUCUACAUGCUAUUCGUUUCGAUGGGAACCAAAGCAGGCUUAUGACUUGCUCAUAAAAGAAAAGAAAAUCUUCACUGAUGUUUGCGUUGAUAGAGAGGUUUCAUAUAUUGCUUAGCAGGAUCAAGGAUCAUGACUUUCUUCUCCCUCUAUCUCACUAUGUAAACGGCAAAGGAAUUGGCGCUAUAGUCUAUAGCAGAGAACGACAUGGAGUUCAUAUGCAUAGGGAGUAAUCGCUUGCUAUAGUUGAAUACGAUAUGGGGUCCUAUGGAUCAUAUGCAUAGGACGCAAGUUUGAUUCCGUCUUCUUUGAUUUCUAAUAUGUUUCUCUGUUUCUUUCCACAUACCUCUGUUAACAAAAACAAAUCA